AUGGCACAACUUUCGUCCUCUGCGUUCGAGUUCCACAACAUCUCCUCUGUCUUCCCGGUCUGGAUCUGGAUCUGGAUCUGGUCGUCUCAACAUAUCUGGAACAGCAACAUGGCGCAACAACAACAGCAAGACGAGCUCUUCCCGCGGCCACUCUACGUCUUCGACCUGCCAGAGGAAAUACUCUACACUCUGCAGCUGAGGAUCCAGCCAACAGCUGCUGGGCCUGAUGAGUCUGCAUCAUCCAAUACACCACUGAAGUUGGACCCUCACGCGAUUGAAGGGACAGAGGGCGAGGAAGCAACACCCUCCUCCGCCACAUCAUGUGCGCUCUGCGGACUCAGCUUCAACGACCUACAAGAACAACGGAGUCAUGCGCGGUCUGAUCUGCAUGGCUAUAACAUCAAGCAGAAGAUGCGCGGGCGGAAGGCGGUGACAGAACCUGAAUUUGAGAAGUUGAUCGGACAACUAGAUGAGAGUCUCUCUGGUUCAGACUCGACAGAGUCAGAUGAUUCGGACGAGGAGGGUGCAGAUGGCGCGAAGAAGGAGUCUACUCUAAGCGCACUGCUGAAGAGGCAAGCAAAGGUCACAGAUGGAGACGCAGAGGAUGCGCCGUCGAAGAAGCGGAAACGAGGUGCCGGCAAACCUCCAAUGAUAUGGUUCUCCACGCCGAAGAUACCCUCGAAUACCUCUCUCGGAAUCUACAGAGCAAUCUUCUCAAACGAUCAGCAGGCGAAGGAGGAGGGCGUGGUGGAGACAAUACAGCAGAAGCAGCUCUCACCUAAACCUGCACCUGCUCCCCAGAAACCGAAGCGGGAGGAAGAAGAAGAAGAUGGAGGUGUGCCAGUUGGACCGCAGAUACCACAAGGCACGAGCGCGGCAGGUCCGCACUACUUUCUGUGUAUGAUUGGAGGUGGACACUUUGCGGCUAUGCUCGUCUCACUCACGCCCAAGAUGACGAAGAAGAAUGGAAUUGAGGACCGCUCGGCGACUGUGAUCGCGCACAAGACGUUUCACAGAUAUACUACGAGGAGGAAACAGGGUGGUGCUCAAUCUGCGAAUGACAACGCAAAGGGCAAUGCGCAUUCUGCUGGGUCAAGCAUACGGCGGUACAACGAGGUGGCUCUGACCACAGAGGUGCGGGAUCUGCUCACCGAGUGGAAGCCACUAAUCGAUUCGGCGGAUCUACUGUUCAUUCGGGCGACUGGAAGCACGAAUAGACGAACACUCUUCGGGCCUUACGAAGGCCAAGUAUUGAGCAUCAAGGACGAGCGACUACGUGGCUUCCCGUUCAGCACGCGGAGAGCAACGCAGUCAGAGCUCAUGCGCGCGUUUGUGGAGUUGACGAGAGUAAAAGUCAACACUGUGGACGAAGCUGCUCUGGCGCGACAAGCAGAAGAGGAGGCAGCGAAGGCCGCAAAAGCACAAGCUGAGACGACCGGAAAGCCAGCCACACCCAAGCCGGCCAAGCCCUCGAAAGCAGACGAAGAGGCCACCUUGCACACGACACAACUUCAAGCGCUCAUCCGCCGCUCCAAAGCUCCCGGUAUGCUUUCAUACAUCCAGUCUAACAACCUAUCCCCCGACUUCCGCUUCUUCCCACCCGAACAGAACCACCACGCCCCAACACCUCUCCACCUCGCUGCUUCCUCCAACAGCCCCGCCUGUGUCUUCGCUCUUCUAGUCAAAGCCGGCGCCGACCCCACCCUCCCCAACCCAGACGGCAAAACCCCCUUCGACAUCACCGGCGACCGUCCCACCCGCGACGCCUUCCGCCUCGCCCGCUCCCAACUCGGCGAACCCAAAUGGCCCUGGGACACCGCCAACGUCCCCUCCGCCCUCUCCCAAGCCGAAGUCGACUCUCGCACCGCGCGCGAGAAGCAAGAAGCAGCCUCCGAAGCCGAGGCGGAGAAAGCGCGGAAGGCUGCGGAAGCUGAGAGGUUGAGGGAGCAGGAUAAGGCGAGAAUGGGCGAACAGAGGGAGAAGAGGUUUGGGAAGGGGCGGGUGGUGGAGAAGCCGCGGGUGACGGCUGAGGAGAGGAGGGCGGAGGAGGCGAGGGGGAUGACGGAGGAUAUGCGGGUGAGGCUGGAGAGGGAGAAGAGGGCGCGGGCGGCGGAGGAGAGGAUGAGGAGGUUGGCUGGUGGGGGGAGGUGA